AUGACUUCCUUCUCAUCGACCGCAGCAAGCGCCGGGGGUCAAGCCCCCGGCAGCUUGGCUGCAUCUUCGUUUCGUAACGUUUCCGCUUGUAAUCGCUGCCGUCUCCGCAAGAAUCGCUGUGAUCAGCGUCUCCCUCGGUGCCAAGCAUGUGAGAAAGCGGACGUGAAAUGUGUUGGCUAUGACCCGAUAACAAAGCGAGAAAUCCCAAGGAGCUAUGUGUAUUUCCUCGAAGCGCGUGUGACAUACCUAGAAAGGCUGUUGUUGAAGAAUGGGGUUGAAUUUAAGCCAUCUGCGGCUUUUGAUGGGGAAAUGGAGGAAGCAGGAGCAAACGUGGAGUCAGAACAAGACGCAGAAAACGAUGGAGCUGGUAGUUCCGCGAUGGUGAAAACGGAAUCAAAGAGUGAAAAGGGAGACAAAGUCGACAAUCGGUAUGAUAUGGGCUCGAGCGGGGAUGGAACAAAGGAACAUCUGGAUCAAUUGGUGUCAAAUAUUGGCAUGGUAUCGGUUCAGGGAAUGUCGGAUUCACGUUACUUGGGGUCAACGUCUGGGAUAUCCUUUGCUCGGCUAGUCUUUGCUGCUGUGAAAAGCUCGGUAAAUACAAAUGGCUCUGAAAAUAGCUCUGCUCGCUCUAGUGAGCGAAGACCAUCUGGUUCUACGGGAAGUACGAUGCGGGAUUCCUUUUUUGGUCUACAAUCGCGCCCCUCAAUGAAACAAGCUGCAUUUCCAGAACGAGAUUUGGCAGACAAACUGGUCAGUCUGUACUUUGAGCAUGCGAAUCCUCAAAUGCCCAUAUUGCACCGCGGAGAUUUUAUGGAGCUUCUGGAUCGUGUAUAUGCCGCCGAGGAGUCGGCAAGAAUCCCUCGUGAUAUGUACCUUGUGAGCAUUGUCUUUGCCAUCGGUGCCGGUAUCAUCUUCGAAGGAAGAAGAUCUACCGAGGAAGAGAAUGAUAUGAAAAACCAGAACACGGGAUCACCAAUUCGAUCAUCCAAGAAACAAAAGCUGUCAGGCUUCCAAUUCCAGCCGGAGGAGUACCAUGCAUCCGCGGUGGUACACUUGGAACACUUUCUAAGCUCAUCUCACCUAAGUGAUGCUUAUGGAGGCGGUCUAGAUGAACUACAAGCUGUUCUUCUUUUAGCCAGCUUUGCACUCCUUCGACCUGUUGCACCGGGUCUUUGGUACAUUGUCGGUGUGGCGGUUCGACUUGCUAUUGAUCUCGGUCUCCACCACGAAGAUGGCACUGGCAUAGAUGCAAUUGGAGAAGAUGAUACUCCGAACCAAAACCAGCAAAUAUCUCCAGAACGGGGCCGAUUUCAAUGGGCUCGUGAUCAUCGAAGGAGACUUUGGUGGUGUGUUUAUAGUUUUGAUCGAUUGGUCAGCGCUUGCGUCGGGCGUCCUUUCGGUAUUACAGACCAAGUAAUCACCACAGAAUUCCCAUCUAUUUUGAGUGAUGCUUUUAUUACAAAGACGGGUUUCUUCCCGCCCCAAACCGAGACGACUAGUUACAAACAUGUCUCAUACCAUUAUUUCAAGCUGCGGCUUUUGCAGUCGGAGAUACAAGAGGUCCUCCAGUUUCAACAAGCGCGUUUUGUGCGACGAUCUGGAAAGAAUAGCAGAAACCAGUUUAUGCACACUACGCUUCCUUCUCCUUUCUUAGACCGGUUUGACUCAUUUCGUUCAUGGCGCCGAGAUGUUCAUCGCCGAUUGUUGGAAUGGAAGGAUGGAGCUCCAACGAAGAAAGAAACGGGAGUGCAAUUCUCUAUUGAAUUAUUCGAGCUAAAUUUCUACCAAGCUUUGAUAAUGUUAUAUCGACAAAGUCUCACGGUUCCUGCUGCUUUAGCUAGCGAACUAAACUCCACAGAGGAUGUCUCAAGCCCGCCGUCGUUUGAUAUUGACGAUAGAGAGGAUGAAGAUGAUAUUUAUCUUCAACUAGCCGAGGCAGGACAGAAAGUUAUCAAAAUCUACCGGCAACUGCAUCGUGUUAGGCUUGUUAAUUAUACAUAUCUAACAACCCAUCAUCUUUUCAUGGCUGGUAAGUACCAAUGGCUUUUUUGGCUCGGACAAUUAGAGGCAGUCGUUGAUAAACUGAUAAAUCUAGGCAUAUCGUUUUUAUACGCAAUCUGGCACUCACCUGCCGUGCGAAGUCGCUUGACCCUAGACGAUGUCGAUUUCACUGUCCUUGCGGCAACCUCGAUAUUGUCAGACUUGAUGGAAGUAUGCCCUCCAGCGGAAACUUGCCGGGAUGCGUUUGAACGCAUGAGCAGAGCGACAGUUCGUAUGGGGUCAAAAGGGUUCGCCUCGCAAGCAGUAGGCGGUGGCUCUCUUACUUCGUCCACCAGGCCAUUGGCGUCAUCCUCCCAUACGAAGCACGGUUCAGCCAGUCGUGCUGAAGGCCGGCAAUCGCACCCAGCAUCUGGUCAGCGACCUCAACGACAGGCGCGGCCGCCUCCGCAAUUUGACAUGAACCUCAAUGACCUCUACAAUAGCCCUCCUAACCUACAAAACCAGUCACCCAAUAAACAACAAAGUUAUCCACCAUCACAGGCCGCACCAGCAGCACAGACCAAUGAUUCACGAGAGCCGUACCAAGCUAGCCCACAAUUUCCCCAGACAUAUGCAAACUACGACCGAUCACCGUCUCAACAACAGCAAUAUUAUUUUGCACAAUCUCCUCAGAGUGUAACAUCAGUUGCUGGUGUUUCUCAAUCCUUCACGCCACCAACUCAAUCAGAUCAACAGAAUUUGCAAGACAUCAGUUUGGACUUUCUUGACUUUGUAAAUAUGAAUCAAGGAUCAGGGGCCCACGCUGACCAGGCAGCAUUCAAUCCAAUGGGGGUACAACCUUUAAGCCAGGACAACCAAGGAAAUGGGGUUAACAUGGGAUUUGGCAUGGAGGCUGAUUAUAUGCGUGACUUGACGACUGAUGGCUCGGGUUACGAUUUGAUGGACGGGUACUGGUUCGGCAUGUCUGGUGGUGGUUCUGGAAUUUAG